CUACUCUCUGAAAUUCACACUCAGACCCGUUGCUGUCUUCGUCCAGACUCGUUUCCCGAACCAAACGCUGCAGUCAUGGAAGCAGUCAUGAAGCUAUGCCGUCGCAGCCUCUGUUUAUAAGCGUUUAGGAAGACUGGAAGCAAAUCUUAUCUGCUUAUUUGCUCCAUCAUAAUCUGCAUUUCGACCAUGAUGGCCUUAUCGAGAGGCCUCAUUUCUCGUCUGCGUGUUUUCACCAGCAACUCGACUGCGACAUCGACGGGGACAGGAACGCCGACAUCACUGCCCCACCAGUUUUUGAGGGGCUUAUGCUCGGAGUUAUUGGAUGAUUCGGGUGCGAGGGAGGCUCGGAUUGUUGAAGCGAAGCCAAGGGUGAUGACUCCAGGUUCUAAACGAACUGGGGUUAUCGCUGUCAAGUGUGGAAUGACUGCACUUUGGAAUAAAUGGGGCGCGAGAGUUCCCAUCACCAUCCUCUGGGUCGAUGACAAUGUUGUGACUCAGGUCAAGACCCCGGAGAAGGAAGAUAUUUUUUCCCUCCAGAUUGGUUGCGGACAGAAGAAAGAAAAACAUCUGACUAAGCCCGAAGUUGGUCAUUUUAGAGCUCAAGGAGUUCCAAUGAAAAGGAAACUUAGGGAGUUUCCAGUGACAGAGGAUGCACUUCUUCCUGUGGGUACGCCCAUUGGUGUCCGCCAUUUUGUUCCUGGUCAAUAUGUUGAUGUGACAGGAAUCACCAGAGGAAAAGGUUUUCAGGGUGUCAUGAAAAGGCAUGGUUUUGCGGGCAUGCCAGCAUCCCAUGGUGCAUCAUUAUCUCAUCGAAGUGGUGGUUCCACAGGUCAAAGGGAUGCUCCUGGAAAGGUAUUUAAAGGUAGAAAGAUGGCUGGACGAAUGGGUGGGAAGCAGAGAACAGUGAAAAAUGUAUGGGUCUACAAAAUAGAACCUGCGAGGAGUAUGAUAUGGGUUCAAGGCCAGGUACCAGGAGCUGAAGGGAACUUUGUUUUCAUCAAAGAUGCCGUCUAUAAAAAACCCAGUGAAUCAAUUCUUCCCUUCCCAACUUACUUUGCUUCUGAAGAUGAAGAUUCAGCAAGCUUGGAGCCACUGGUUGCUGACCUCGGUGAUGUGGAUCCAUUUAUGGUUACAGACUAAAGCGCAUGAAGCUUUUUUUCCGUAUAGUAGCUGGUUCAUUUAUUUUAGAUUUAUUUGUUUUGUGGUUGUGAGAUUUUGCUGGAAUUAUUUGAGGAUGAUUUUGACCCCUUUUUUUUUUUCCUGGGGUUAUAUCAUCGAUACUUUAGUACAUGAAGUAGCUUUCACCUCCUCGAUCUUAAGGUUAACCCUUUUUUUGCUACAAUAAGUGGGAACUUAUUUGAAACCUUGCACAUCAGGUCAUGGUUGGGACUUUGGUGCUGUCAUCAUUAUCAAUUUUAUUCGUUUAGUGGUUUUUGAAACCA